AUGUACGUCCUGACGCAGACAGGACAUUUGAGCACUUGGGAUGUCGACAAGAUGAAAGCCAUUUUAUCUCGGCAGUCGAUUGCCGACUGUGUCGCAAAAGAUGCAAACCUUACUUCAAUCUCGGUGACGCCCAUGGGCAUCCCGCUCCUGGGCUUUUCAACUGGAACUAUUUUCACGUUCUCACUGGAUAUGAACUGCUGGCCCGGUCUAUUACCAUCUGUACCGAGAACAAUUAGUGCCUCUGUCAAAGAGUCACUUUUGGAAGGCUGGUUACAAGCUGCAAAGACCGCUGGCAGUACCAUGGACUAUCGCGGAUUGUUGAUGACCUACGUUCAGCAGCUUGUGCGAAAUCGCUCCACCUCCAAGCUUUCCGACAUCUUAACAGAAUUAAGGGAGCAAGGUUAUAUUUGCGGGACCUUACGAAGUGCACUAAGAGAAGAUGUUGAAAAGAUAAUUGCUUCCGAUCCUGUGACUUCAUCGCUGAUCAAAUCUAAGGAAACCGACAGCUUAGUGUUCUGA